AAUGUAUUCAAUUACAGCUCGUUUUAAUUAAAUCGUGUUCUUCACAUCAUGGACAUUAGGUAUAAUACUCAUUCUAGAGAAGUCGUGCUAUCAUUGCUUAAUUAGGGCACAGCAUAUUUUUUUAAGACUGGAAAGCCAACAGUAGAUCUAAAGAUAUUGAGUGCAGAUAAAUUGUAUUGCAGAUAAAAUGAUUAUUUUGUUUAGUCAUCAUUUCAAGGCAACUUAUUAUAAUGGUGGUGUAACUGAUUGGGAUUAGGUGACGUUUAAAUUUUCAUUGGAGGCAGGUUUUUGAUACACGUAAUAUAUUUAGAUUUUGAACCUGUGUACAAUUGGAAUUUAAAGCAAUUAUUUUUAUAUGUGAAUGUUCAUCAUAAGCAUUAAGAGAAAGGAGUAUAGUGAUUUUAUCGAUUUAUUAGUUUGAAUCAGAUUGUGUGAUAUAUGAUAAAAUCAUUUCUAGACCUGAUGAUCCUAGCAGUUGGAGUACUUCAUCAAAAGUAAUUUAAAUUGUCAUGUUAGCUUGUUCUUAAAAAUUAAAGAGCUGAAUAUCCACUUAAAGAUAUACAUAAAUAAUUGCGUAAUGCUACAGUGAAUUUUGAAGUUUGGAUAGAAGUUAUGCCUUAUGUAGGUUAUAUAAGAAGAGAGAAAUUGGGUGAUUUCGAAUAUAAAAUGCCUUAAUAGUAUAAUUGAGAUGUGUAAUUUAUAUUUUUAACAAUCACAUUUUUUGAAUGUCUUGUAUUGAUUAGAGCUUUGCACAAUUUUAACAAACAGCUUAGUUCUUUAAUCCAGAUAUUGGGAACAAUGGAACUUUGAGAAUGCCAUAGAAAAUAAAAAAAAGAGAAAUCUCGAUGCCUUCUUAUUAUUUUGAUGACUUUAAGGGAUUUCUCAAGCAACCAAUUAAAAUAACUUCAAAUAUCACAUAAAGACGAAAUACACAUACAACAACAACUCAAGAUAGUAGUUAAAUGACUCAGUCUAUUAAGUAACCAAAUAAAAGCUUAAAAUAAUUGACAUAAGCUAAUGCUUAGGACUAUUCAAAAAUAAUCAAUAUAAUUAGUUAAUUUAACAAUACUAAUAAAUUAAAACAUGCAUAGAGUGCAAAUUCAAUGCAAUAUAAAUUGAUUAUACCUUUAAAAGAGAAAUCAAUAAAUAUGACUAGAGAUAGUAGAACUAAUUCAAGAUGUAGUGUAGUAUCAGCUUAAGGAGAAAGAAAGCGUAGCAUAAAAGUAAAUGAUCCAUAUGGAUUAAUUAAUAAUAAAAUAAUGAGCAAAACAAAUUCGAAAUAAUUCUUAAAAUAAAAAGCUUAAGAUAAAUUAGUAGAUAAGUUAUUCUCAUAAAGAUCAGAUAGUGUUUAAUGA